AUGUAUAACAUGAUGGAGACUGAACUGAAGCCCCCUGCUCCCCAGACCAACACGGGGGGCACGGGGAACACAAACACGUCCGGCACCGGCACCAACCAGAAAAACAGCCCGGAGAGAGUCAAAAGACCCAUGAACGCCUUCAUGGUGUGGUCCCGAGGCCAGAGGAGGAAGAUGGCGCAAGAAAACCCCAAAAUGCACAACUCGGAGAUAAGCAAGAGGCUGGGCGCAGAGUGGAAACUUCUGUCAGAGAGCGAGAAGAGACCUUUCAUCGACGAGGCUAAGAGGCUGAGGGCCCUGCACAUGAAGGAGCACCCGGAUUACAAAUACCGGCCCCGGCGGAAAACCAAGACCCUCAUGAAGAAGGACAAAUACACCUUACCGGGCGGGUUGCUGGCUCCUGGAGGAAACGGUAUGGGGACCGGGGUCGGUGUCGGGGUAGGGGCCGGCCUGGGCGGUGGGGUUAACCAGCGGAUGGACAGUUACGCGGCGCACAUGAACGGCUGGACCAACGGGGGCUAUGGCAUGAUGCAGGACCAGCUGAGCUACCAGCACGCAGGUCUGAACGCGCACAACCCGAGCCAGAUGCAGCCCAUGCACCGCUACGACAUGAGCGCCCUGCAGUACAACUCCAUGACCAGCUCCCAGAGCUACAUGAACGGCUCCCCGACGUACUCCAUGUCCUACUCCCAGCAAACCACGCCGGGUAUGACCGCCCUGGGCUCCAUGGGGCCCUCCUCGGUGGUGAAGUCCGAGUCCAGCAGCUCCAGCCCGCCCGUCGUCACCUCCUCGUCUCACCGGGCCGCCCCGGGCUGCCAAAGCGGUGAUCUGAGGGACAUGAUCAGCAUGUACCUGCCCGGGGCGGAGGUCAGCGAGCAGACUGCCCAGACCAGGCUACACAUGUCCGGCCACUACCAGAGCACCGUGCCCGGGACGACGAUCAACGGCACGCUGCCGUUAACACACAUGUAA